AUGUCGUCUUUCUUCCAGCUUUCCGUGGUUACUUUCGUCAUCUGCUGCGGCGCAGAUCGGCCAAAAGACUUUGCUGCUAUUCUGGACGAGUUAACAGGUCCAGUUGCCAGGGCAAGCUGCGUAGAGUCCAUGUUGGACAGCAUCGAGGGAAGCAUGGGUAUCAAAACCCGGCACUGGAUUGAAGGGCAAGUUCCCAGUUUCGAAGCAGCUCUGCAACCUCUGUUCACGUCACUGCCCACUCAAGGGCAGCCAGGGCAGCUGAGCCAGCGAGUGGCGAUGUACGCAUUACAUCGAGUGUUCGUGGACGAACGAGGCUGGUUCCUGCACAGCCUGGAAGAGCACAGCCUGCACGGUGCUGCUCCGCUUCCUCCUAUUACCAGUAUUCUCCAGAAUCAGAUUCCAUCCAAUGCCGAGCAGGCAUUCCAGGCAUGUUUCCAGAAUGGUGUCUACAUGAAGGAGCUCGCGGUUUUGGCAGCAACCCUUGACAACCUCGUACACCAGGAAGUACUCGCACGCACCAUGUCCGUGUUCAAAGCGAACAAGCUCCCCCUCUUCGGAAGUGUUCGCCUUGACCAGAUGGACAACGCGCUCGAGCAGGUUAUGAUGAGCUACAUCCUCGAGGAAGGCGGGUCAGCCUCUGCUUUUGAGGCUUAUGUGUCCGGGAAUCUUAGCAUAUCGGACAGAUAUCCGAAUUGGGCAGAUCUGCAGCGCUUUCUACAUCACAUUGAAGGUGUUGUGAUGCCGGCCAAAUCAACCCAUCUCAAGUUCGAUGAUUUGUCAAACCUCAUACAUGAGCUUCAAGUGCACUUUGGUCGCUGGCAAGACGGCGAAUGCCAAGAGCAGAUGCGUGAGCUUCGCAAGAUGGAGAUCGAAGAGUGUCCCGGGCAUGUGAAUCUGAGAGACUUUUAUGCCGCCAACCUGUACCAUAACAAGUGGCAGUUCAGCGAGAGUGCCGACUACCUCCGGGUCCUGGGUGCGCUCGAAGAAAGCGAACCAGACAGUCCAAGAGUCAUUAUGUCGAACUAUGUCCAGGGGCCCAACAAUUGUGUAGCAUCCUCUCGCUUCUAUUCGCAGUGUUGCAUGAAUCCGUGCUCCAGUCAUCUUUCCAGCCUCGAAAAGGCAGUUGGCGGGUCAGAGAUCUCUCCAGAGCAGCUUAAAUCGGCUGUUUUGACGGUACUGCCUAAGCCGGAAGCCUCAGAAUCUGAGCUCUGGGAUCGACUUCGGAAGAUUGCGCGUGACGGCAAAGUGGCACUGCAUGGAUCCUCCUUUGCAGAGUGGCUUCAUUGGGCCUAUCCUCGAGACUGCCCAGCCGUGACGGGUGCUCCAAGUGCUUGGCAAGAGAAGCCAACCGAAUAUACUUCGAGGACUGGACAGCCUACCGACCUUCCAGAAGACGAAAUGAGGAGCUUCGUGGAACAGGGACCGAAGCGAGCUAGCCAGUGCCGUUUGAAGUGGCAGGUCCCUGGUGAGUCCUGGGAUGAAUUGGAAAUGGAGAAGCGCUCUACCGAAAGGUUGCUGCUGGCUACUCAAGAGCAAGUCAUACAAAUCUUGCGACCGUCGACCUCGAUUGCAGCAGGAGCCGCGGUGGUAGCUGCUGUGACGUUGUUUGCACUGUGGCUACGACCACGUCCGUCGUGCAACGCGCCGCCCUCUGACUUGCUUGUCACUCACUCCUCUCAAUAG